AUGAGAAACAAUAAGUCCCCAGGAAGCGACACUAUAACAGCAGAGAUGCUGAAGUAUGGCGGAGAAGAGCUGUUGAAGGUUAUCCACGAACUUAUAUCGAAUGUGUGGGAACAAGAAAGAAUGCCAGAAGAGUGGAAGAAAGGACUGAUCAUACUUAUAUACAAGAAGGGGGACAGGAGAGAUUGUGUCAGGCAGGGCGAUUCCUUAUCAGCAUUAAUCUUCAUUCUGGUUCUGGAAGCGGCAUUGAGAAAGGUGGAUUGUGUAGGUGAUAUCACAUAUAGAAUGAGUCAGUUAUCAGCAUAUGCUGAUGAUAUUGUUGUAGCUGCAAGAAGUCAGAGAGCUAUGUUGGAGAAGCUGGAAGAUAUUGAAAGAGCGGCCCAAAGAAUUAGGUGGCUCGGACAUCUGACGAGAAUGAACGACAACAGAGUCGUGAAGAAGGUUGCUGAGUGGACUCCUGCUAAUACAAGGCCCAAGGGAAGACCUCGGAUGAGAUGGAGAGACGAUGUGGUUGCUGACCUAAGAAAGAUUGGAGCAAGAAAUUGGAGAGAGGUCGUCGAGGACAGACCCCAAUGGAGACUACUGAUUCACCAGGCCAAGACCCAUGGAGGGUUGUAG